AUGUUGUCUUUGCGAAGGAUAGCCACGACGGCAAUCCCGGUGGUUGGGCGCCAGGGUCUACGGACUGCAGCUCCAAGAACGAGAUUUUACUCUCAAGCUGUUGGGCCAUUGGUUUACGAUUUGCAUGAACCCUCACAACCAAAAUAUGACAAGAGGAACUCUCCAAUUUUGUUCCUCCACGGACUUUUCGGAUCAAAGAAGAAUAACCGAGCCAUUAGCAGAGCUUUGGCCCGAGACUUAGGAAGAUAUGUUUAUGCUUUGGAUCUCAGAAACCAUGGCGAGUCACCUCACAGCAACAAACAUGAUUAUAGUGCCAUGGCCCAGGACGUAGCUGAAUUCAUCGAGGGUCAUGGUUUGAAGGAAACAACUCUCAUCGGACACUCAAUGGGAGCCAAAACCUCAAUGGCUCUUGCACUGCGCUCUCCUGAACUUGUGGCCGACAUCGUUUCCGUCGACAAUGCCCCGGUGGACGUCUCACUCAGCAGAGACUUCCCCAAGUACGUCCGCGCCAUGAAGAAGAUCCAGGAAGCCGGUGUCACACGCCAGGCCGAAGCCGACAAGAUCCUCAGCGACUAUGAGGAGUCUCUUCCCAUUCGACAAUUUCUUCUCGGCAACAUGUACCUCCCUGAGGGCGAAAAAGUGCGCAAGUUCCGCAUCCCUCUCGACACCCUUGGUAAGGCACUGGACAACCUCGGAGAUUUUCCUUACAAGAACCCCAAUGAGGUCCGGUUUGUGAAACCGGCUCUGUUCGUUCGAGGUACCCAGAGCAAGUACGUCCCCGACGACGUGCUACCUCUGAUUGGCCAAUUCUUCCCCAAGUUUCGACUUGUUGAUAUCGAUGCUGGUCACUGGCUCAUUUCAGAGCAACCUGAGGCGUUCAGACAAGCUGUCGUUGAGUUUCUUCAAAAGUCCGAGUGA